AUGUCCAAACCGAAGCAGAGAGAUAAAACUUUGAAUUCCCUCCUUGGUUUCUCUUUCCAGAACAAGGCAAAUCCUGUCAAUGUGACUCCACCCAUUCAAGCUGUGGAUCAAGACAUAAACCUUCAGCCUCCCUCCGACCGGCCCGGGAUUAUUUACUCCAUUCUCAUCGGCAAACCACAGUCCUAUGCGGAAUAUUUCAGCUUGAACGCAACCACCGCGGAGCUCCUGCUACUGAAGCCCGUCGAUAGGGAACUCCACCGCAGAUUUGAUUUGGUUAUCAAGGCAGAGCAGGACAACGGCCACCCAUUGCCAGCUUUCGCCAACCUUCAAAUAGAAGUUUUGGAUGAAAACAACCAGGCACCCUAUUUCUUGGAGACCAGUUACCAUGGCUACGUCAGUGAGGCAUCACCCGUGGGAACCACCAUAGCGACAACUGCCAGUCUCUCUGCACCGCUGGCCAUCGUGGCUCUGGAUAACGAUGUGGAGGAGACCAGGGACCCUCAGCUCCAGUUCUCAUUGGACAGCUAUUCUAAUGUUUUCUCUGUGUCUGCUACUGGAAUCAGACGAUAUCUCACCCUGGUGCAGCCACUGGACAGAGAGACACAGGACUCCUAUAAAUUCACGCUUUUAGCAUCAGACGGCGUCCAGCAGAGCAUCCCUGUUACCAUGACGAUUACCGUGUUGGAUGCCAACGACAACACUCCCACUUUUGCUAAUGUCUCCUAUAAUAUCAACCUGUUCACUGAUAUGAUGUCUGGAGAAACUGUGUUAAAGCUCGCAGCAGUCGACUCCGAUGCAGGUCCCAACGGUCAGAUCACUUACCGGAUCUUAGCCGGAGACCAGGGACAUUUUGUUAUUGGCAACAGCACUGGGAUCAUUACUGUGGCACCAACUGUUGAUCUCACUGUUGGGCGGAGCUACGCUUUGACUGUAGAAGCCAUGGACAAUGGGCCUGUACCUCAGAGAAGGUCAUCCAUUACCACGGUCUAUAUCGAAGUUUUGCCCCCGAACAAUCAGAGCCCUCCCCAUUUCCCCCGGCAACAGUACAACCUGGAGAUCAGUGAAGCUAUGAGGACUGGAGCUACACUACUCAAUCUGCAGGCAGUGGAUCGGGAGAGGGACCCUGUCACCUAUAACAUUUACAGUGGAGACUCUCGUGGACAUUUUGCUUUACAGCAGAAGUAA